GCAGUUCGCGUUACCCGCGCCGCCCGCACCCGUCACUCGCGCACCGGUCACCACCGACGGUCCGGAGCGGCGCUCGCGCUCGGCGCUCAGUCGCAACCGCGGAAACUGACGCGACGCAUGCUUAUUUUUGAUAUGCGUAAUAUUGUGCCUUCAAAUGAAAUUUUUUCUUGCUCCAGUCUUCUCGGCUUUAUACGGAUGAUAUCAGAUAGUGCUCGAGAGAACUGCUACGGCUAGUGUUGACUUCAAAAGUGUUGCUGAUGUUUUUACACCAAUUUACCCAUUCUGUUAUAAGAGCCCCAGACGAAUUGCAAUGGUGACAUGAUAUGGUCAGAAUGCGGUGUGCGACGUGGUGGCCUCUGAUAGCGUUUUUGCUGACGCGAACAUUUGCGCAGCGCGCCGUGCCUACUGCCUGUGAGGACGACGCUUGUCGUUGCGAUUCCUUCACGAGGCUCAUAUGUCACUGCACCAGAGAAUAUGAGGAGCUGACGCUGCGACCCGACGGUGCGUACAGAGUACCUUCGACAGCAACAGCUAUUAUAAUCGAGGGCUGUGAGCGCGUUAUCUUUCUAUCGGAUACAAUCCGAAAUCUCAUUCAAUUACGAACGAUAGAGCUCAAAAAUGUUGGCUAUGUUGUUAUAAGCGAAAGAGCCUUGGCCUGGUCUCCUUAUCCUAGAGAUAGCGAGAUAGAUCCCGGUAUUAGUAUAAAAAUAAUCAACAGCACUGUCAACGAAAUUUCAUCCUACGCCAUUCAAGGCCAUAUUAACGACAUAUUGAUCAGCGACAGCAAAAUGAUCACUCUGAAGCCUUAUGCCUUUUCUAGUUUAACUGGAGUUAAAAAUAUAGAGCUUACAAACAAUGUUUUCAAGAAUGUCGAGAUACAAGCUUUCAAGAAGUUCACGACUGCAAACUUUAUAAUGCGCGGUGGUGAAGCCAAGACACUACCGAGUAGAUUCGUGUCCGACGUAGAAGUAACUAACCUAUUCCGGAUCGAAGGAGUAAAUAUUGACACUUUAUCUAGUUUAACGUUUCUUGUCAGUUUACCAAAGAGAGUAUUGAUAGAAAAUAAUAUUAUACGAGUUUUAGAAGGAGAUAGUUUUCAUAUAACUUCAAGGGGGCCUGUAACAUUUAGAAAUAACACAGUAUCGAACAUUAGUAAAGGUGCUUUUUUUGGGUUUACGGUGGACAGAGAAGUAUUGUCAGUUGCGGGGCGACAGGAACUAUUAAUUGACAACAAUACAAUGAGUACUGUUAUGCCGUCAUCACUUGUAUACAACCAGACCACAUUAUCGCGUCGCAUCGAUGGAUUAAACCUUAACGCGAAGUGUAGCUGUCGGUUAGCAGAGGAAUGGCGGGAAGUUUUAAGCGAACAAGGUGGCAUUGUUAACUGCUGGUAUGAUCUGGAAGGUCACUACAUAUCUCUUCCAACAUUCGUCGACAGUCGAUGUGGCUCCUUUAAGCAAACCUUCUGGAUUUUCGUCGUUGUAGGUAUUUUAUUCGUAACGCUAAUAGCGGCUAUUGUGAUAUUUUUUAUAGUGAGACGUGAGAAUGAAAAAAAGAAAAAAGUACAAAUAGUUCUCCCUGACGGAAAGACGUAUAGAGAAACAGAAUUUCAUAUCGUUGUAGAGAGAGCCGAACUUUUGACAACGGACUUAUGAUUGUACUGUGUUAGUUUAUAAGAUGUUUGGAUCUCCAGAACCAGAGAACCUCUCUGGUCAAUAAGGUAAUCGACGGGCGAUGUCUACACAUACUAAUAUAGUGUUCUACCUCAAGAUGUCAUCGUGAAAUUGUGCCAAGAUUGUUUAUCUUUCGAUCAGUAUUAUUCGAUAUGUUAAAUCAUGUUAUUGCGUUGUUGUUAUAUGAAGUGUAUAUUAAUAUAAGAAUGUCAAUAAAGUACAAAUCGAUUGAUUAAAAA